AUGAUGGAUGGUGACGACGAGCUGCAUCGCCGGGACUCGGAUGAGAUCACUCUCACUGAGACAGCCCCCCUGUUGACAAACGAGCGUCCAAGACGGCCGUCGCAUCGCCAGAGGCUAUCAGUUACAUCAAUUACAAGCGUCCACGUGCCUAAGAUACAUAGCGGGCGCACGAUUGUGAACCUUCUCUGCAUCAUCAUCCUCAUAUCCUCUUCCUCAACUGGGCUCAUCGGAAUACCAGAGACCCGUCUGUUAGAAGACGCAGCAUGUCGGCAGUACUACGGUGUCGAUGGGAGCACAUCCGGUCCCAUCGACGAGAAACAUUGCAAGGAAAACGCAAUCCAGAAUAAGGUAGCUUUCAUCUUGGCUAUCCAGAGCAGCGCUGAUGCUGCGGCCGGAUUCCUCGCUGCGUUCCCUUGGGGUCUCGCGGCAGACAGAAUAGGACGAAAGCCCGUAGUCGCCCUCGCUCUGGCCGGAUCUCUUCUCGGGAUCCUUUGGGCUAUGACGGUGGUGUAUUUCCACAACAUAUUCCCGGUCGAGCUGAUCUGGCUCGGGUCCCUGGGCAACUUCCUCGGUGGUGGUAGUACGGUCAUUUCUAGUAUCGUGUUGAGCAUGAUCGCUGAUUCGACGACCGAAGAAGAGAGAGCUAUUGCGUUCAUGCGUGUACACGUCGCUAGCCUAUGCGGGAAUCUUGGAGCCCCAGCACUUUCUUCCUUAUUAAUGGCCAAGGUAGGACCAUGGCCGCCGAUCUGGAUUGCUUUUGUCGUCAUUGCGCUAAGCGGAAUUGCUUUUCUCUUCGUUCCGGAGACGUUGAAGCAUCAGCCAGGCCAAGAACAUGGUCACGAACCGGAAUCGGUAGAGGACGAAGGAGAAGCUACAAACCUCAAGUCACGGGUAUCGCAUGUCAUCGCCCGUUUUAAGGAGUCGCUUUCAAUGCUCAAGUCCACAUCCCUCAUCCUUCUUCUAAUAACAUGUCUUGGAUCUCCACCUGUUUUGUACGCGACGCUCCAGUUUAUGGCGCAGUUUCUGUCGAAGAGGUAUGGCAUCGAGCUUUACAAGACGGGCUACAUCCAGUCUACGUAUGGAGCCGCCCAGGUCGUUCAAGCACUCAUGAUUCUACCAUGGGUUACCCGGUAUGUCAUGAAAAGUACGACGCCUAAGAAGAUCCGAGCACCUGAUGAGCAUCAUCGUGACCUUUCCCUGGCGCGCUGGUCAUAUAUGUUCCUAGCCGUGGGGAUAUUCAUCCUCGGUCUAGCUCCGACACUUCCAGGCUUUAUUUUCGGACUCAUGCUCAUGGCGCUUGGGUCCGGCUUCAAUAGCUUAACUCGAAGCCUGAUGAGUCUAUACGUCGAUCCAGAGCAUCGCUCUCGACUUUUCAGUCUUGUCGCCAUGGCUGAGGUUGUCGGAAGCGUAUAUGCCCAGCCACUCCUCGCUGCGCUCUUUGCUCUUGGGAUGAAAUUAGGUGGCGGGUGGAUUGGGCUGCCGUAUUUUGGGUUAUCAAUCCUUAUUUCUGCUGUUGCUACACUGCUACUUUUCGUUAAGGUGCCAAAGGAGGCUAGAAGUUUAGCGACAACGCACGAAAACGGAUGUAGUGAAGAGUAG